CAGCGAGCGGCACAGCAACUCGGCGGCGCCGAAGGGCUCACCGCGCUUUGCAUGUUGCGGUAAAACCUUACGAUCUCAUCCUAAAUACGUUGUUCCGUUUCAUUACCAAGACACGAAAGACCGGCGCUAUCGAAUUGAGCGAGCUCGAGCGGUUCAACGACUCCGGAGUCGGGGGCCUGUCGAAAGUAAACACUACCGGCGGUGAGGAGAGGCUGCGUGUGCGUGGUAUAGAACGAUUUCGCCGGCAUUCGAAAAAUCUGCAGCCAAGAUGCCUUCGACACCGUUGUCCUGCAAAGAAUGCUGCAUGCAGUUCACCGGUCCCGUGCCUUACAUGGACCACAUGCAAAGCGCCAAGCACAAGAAGAAAAUGGCGGCCCUGAACCAGACCGACGCGCCAGCUGCGGCUACGAACACCAAAGCAGCGGGCGCCGUCAAGGGAACCUCCAUACUAAGACACCCGCUGCCGUUUGCUUGCAAGCUGUGCAACGUUUCGAUGAACUGCGAAGCGGCCCUGAUGGCACACAAUAAGGGAAAAAGGCACCAGCGGGCACUCAAGAGCCAAGGCACGAUUCAGGAAUCAACCGACGCGUCGUCGGCCACGCCGCUCGACACCUCCACUUCUUCGGUCACCGGUUCAACUCAGGCGCAGUCGUCGGGGAAAGACCUCUCGUGCGAGUACUGCGGCAUCGUGCUCUUCAAGAGCAUGGAGUACAAGGUCCUUCACCUGGAGACGGAGGCACAUCGGAAGAACAAGCAGUGGGCUGUCACACAAGAGGGAUAUAAAAGCGAACAACGCGACGAGCCAUUGCAGAAGAGGCUGAAAACAGAGCACCAGGAAGACGAGGUCACCGGAGGUCCCAACGGCGGUUACGACGAGUACGGAGGCUCGUACGACCAGUACAGCGAGUAUCCGGCCGGUGCCGGUCACUACGAUGGAUACGGCGGCCUGUGAAGGUUGCCGCAUGCACCGUAUCGAAGAUUGGUUUUACACGGGUGGUGGUUCGGGGCAUUGCUGCGGGCUGGACAGAUUGAUGACCCAAAUUGCCUCCUCGUAAGUGUGACGUGUUGGCACCCGAAAAUUCCAUAGAAAUCACUUGUCACCCCCCCCCCCUUCUUUUAACACAGUCGGUGCAUUUUCCCGGUCUAGCGUGCACUGCUUCGGCAUUUGUGAAGUGAUGCCUACAUUGUGUUUUCUGUGAAGCCUCGAGUGGCGAGCAUUACAAACGAAAUUUGUAAUGCUCACUUUAUAUGACGGGAUGACAACUAAGAGAAAUGUUGUCGUGACAACAUUGUCAUGACAGAAAAAAUCUCACAGCUUCUUUUUACUUUUUAAACAUUCUGACUCCCAUAUCUGUGUGUUUGUGUGUGUAAUCAUGGCCUUACUUGGUGUUGAAGUGAAAUACAUUUGAGCAGCUGAAAAGUC